CUGCGGCUGCCCGUCCACCCGUAUUGAUCUCGCAUUCACACACAGAGCUGGAGAGACAGAGAGACGAGAGAAAACCAGUCUGGAAGAAGAGAGCGUGUCUGCAUCCCGUGAUUAUUUGUCCCGCUUCUAUCACGGGUCAGUCCCGGGUUAGGAACCCGCUCUGUGGCUUGUGUGCGGGGGUCCCGGACUGCGUGGUAUUUGCGCUCUGCUCCCCAGGUGUUCCCGCACAGCGCACACACGGGCUCACUCGCAUCAGCGGCGCUUGUUUCCACUGCAGAGCGAAGCGAACAUGGCGGAUGCAGUCUGCAGCAGCGCCGGUGGCGGCGGCCGGCACGCCAGCAAAGCGGACCCGGGGUGCGCCGGCGGCAGCAACGACCCGGCGCCGGCGGACAAGCCGAACUCCGGCCCGUGGGAGAACUUCGAGGUGCGGCAGCUGAUCCGUGCCUGGGGCGACCCGGGCGUGCAAGCGCAGCUGAACGCGUCCCUGCGAAACCUGCGCGUUUACAAGCACGUCUCGCAGGUUCUGAAGCGGGUCGGGGUCCACCGCAGCCCGGUCCAGUGCCGGGAGAAAGCGAAGAAGCUCAAAGUGGAGUACAAAAAAUAUAAAAGCGUCGAGAACCGCCGGGAGGGGGAGGAGGAGGAGCAGGAGGCGGGGGCGAACAGGGAGCCGGAGCGGCUAAGGCGGGGAUUCCGGUUCUACCGGGCUAUGGACGCGGUUCUGGGCGGGCAGGGGGAGGCGGGGGCAGCACCAUCGCGCUCAGGUGCGGAGGAGGUAGAGUGCGACAGCGACUCCCCCACGCUAUCAGCGGCGGCACCGCCCCCUGGUGGCGGCGGCGGCGGGGAGCGCAGGUGGAAUCCGGGCGGUGACGUUGAGGAGGAAGAGGAGGAAGAGGAGGAGGAGGAAGAGGAGGAAGAGGACAGCCCCACCCUUCUCUUGCCAGCUUUGGAGCAGAAGAAAGCGUGGGAGAGCUCUGAGAUCCGGCAGCUGAUCGGGGUGUGGGGAGAGAGAGGGGUGCAGGAUCAGCUGGCUGCUUCCUUUCGGAACAUGAGGGUGUACCGCCAGGUGUCCCGGGCCCUGGAGUCCCUGGGGGUCCGCCGCUCUCCAGUGCAGUGCCGGGAGAAAAUCAAAAAGCUGAAAGUGGAUUACCGCAAGAUGAGAAGCGGAGCUCCUGUGUCCGACCAGCGGUUCUGCAAGCUCUACCCCCUGCUGGAUGCCGUGAUGAAGCGCAGGGGGGAGAGGGAGGAGGGGGAGAGGCCAGCGAGAGAGAAUCCCCAACGGCCCGGCAGCAGCUGCUCCUGGCAGGAAGCAGUUUCGAUCGCGCCGGAGCGCACAGUGGAGGUGCCGCACCUCUCCUCCAGCCUCCCUGUUGUCCAGCCGUGUCCUGCGUCCCCUCCGGCCGUGCUGUCCAGAGCCUCGUCCCCCAGCCCCUCUGUCUGCUCUGAGGACUGUGUCCCCAGCGCAGACCCCCUCUACCCCCUGCACUGGGCUGUGCCCCUGGGUUCGAGGCGCAGGGGCCGCAGGGGCCCCCGCCAGGCGGAUUCAGAGCUGUUCCAGUACCUGCGUCAGAGUGACAGCCAGUACCUGGAGACGCAGAGACAGUACCUGGCCCUCGAGAGGGAGGAGCGAGCCAGAGACAGGGAGGCCUGGCAAGAGAGCCAUCGCACAGUGGUGAAGGCAUUGCUGCAGGUGGCACAGGGCUUAGAGAGGGGCAGGGGAGAGGGGAGGAGAGCGGAGGAGAGAGGGUGGAGAGAGGGUGGAGAUGAAAGGGGAGAGGGGGGAGCCCGCGUAUAGUGGUAAAGGCAUUGCAGAGAUGAGAGAGUAGGGAGAGAGGGGAGAUGAGAGGGUGAGGGGAGAGGGGAUGGGAGAUGAGAGGGGGGCGCCGGUGUACAGAGGUGAAGGCAUUGAAG